UUUUUGUUUUAAUGUAAAGGUGGUAAAGGUGCUCAGUCGUCCGGCUUGACUUGUUUUUGAAUCACAUAUUUUUGAAUUUAGUUAUUCUGAUUAUCAUACAAUCCCAAAGAGGUGUAUUUUUAUUGCCGGUUUAUUUAACCGGUAAUCCAAUAGAAUAAUCAUCACAGUCAUGUCGGCAGAUGUAAGUGAGGUUGAAGUGAUAUUACCCUCGGAGGAAUUCCCUGAUCCGACGAAGGAAGCAUCGUUAUCAAAAUUCAAUGUUGAAAUCGAGUCUAUGAUAAUUGAAAAUCAAUUGGAUCAAGAUGAAAUAGAAGCUAAACUGUUAGACAAUGGUACGCAAAAUCUCGGUACAGAUUCCGAAAUAGUUCUACUGGACGAAGACGUAUUGCUGGAAGAGAAUAAAGGCGAUACAACUUCUGAACCUCAAGAAGUGACUCCACUCGUGGAAAACCUGAACCAUGUGGAAGAUACCCCGAUGGAGGAACGUAAUGAAUCGAAAGAAGCUGUGUGGAAUGGGUAUGAACAGGAUUAUUUUCAGUCACUUAGUGCUCACGAGAUAGGCCGCUGUUCAUGGGAUAGAGCAGCUAAGCAAAACUACAUCCGCGGUUGUCUGUGGUCUCCGGAUGGCUCGUGUGUGCUGACUACUGCUAACAACGACGGAAUGCAUGUCUUUGAGCUCCCAGCCGACAUGUACGAAGCACAGGAGGUUUCUCCCCAGCGACCGGUCAAUCUAAUGGAAUCAGCAGUGCACGUGCGAGAAACGACUCUAGUGUACGACUAUAAGUGGUAUCCAGGAAUGCACAGCUCCAUGCCAGAAACGAGCGUAUGGAUUGCGUCCAGGCAGCAUGAGCCUAUUCAAAUGUGGGACGCCUACACGGGCAAGCUAAGAUGCUCCUACAAAGGCUACAAUGCGGUGGAUGAAGUAGAAGCUGCACUCAGUCUGACCUGGUCCAUUGACGGCGGAUUCAUCUACGGUGGAUACAAGAAGAGUAUUAAAACAUUCGACGUUAAAGCCCCGGGCAGAGAGAUUGCGUCCUUCCCAACAAAAGUUACAGCUUCCUGUAUGACCGUUUGUACGCCGCUGCCAAAUCUGCUAAUUUUUGGAUCCUGGAAUCGGACCAUCACUGCGUUAUCGACCAACUCGCACCAGACUAUUCCUGUGGGGAACAACUCCCGGGAGUACAGUCACAAUGCUGGCGUCACUUGGCUGAAGUUUAUCCCCCGGACAAAUCUGUUCGCCUCUGGCGGACGAAAGGACAACAAACUGAUGCUGUGGGACAUUCGCAAUUUGCAAAAACCGUUCCAUGUGCUGGAGCGUUCCUGUGAUACCAACCAGCGGAUGUACUUCGAUGCUUCCCCGUUCGGGGAAUGGCUCGCCACAGGAAAUACCGACGGGGUGGUGCGGGUUUGGAACCUGCGGGAGAUCGAUACGAUUGGCAAAUCGUACCGGAAGUAUGAUUUCCCCCUGCAUCGAGACUGUUGCAACGGUGUGUCGUUCCACCCGACGAGACCGAUCGUGGCCACGACGAGCGGCCAGUUCCACCCGAAUGCAGACUCCGUCGACUACACCGACCAACUGGACGACCAACAACUGGCGGACGACAAAGCCCACCGCGAGACACCGGAGAACUCCCUCACCCUGUGGUGGAUUGGCAAGGCCCUUUCGGAGGAAUAACAGCCCGAUUCGGUGACCGGGCAACGCAACGUUCUGGUUUAGAUCACGAUUUUCUUCUUCAUUUUUCGCCUUCGAAAUAGAUUAAAAUCAUCUCCAGUUAAUUGUAAAGAAGGAUUAAAUAUUUAUAAUAUUUACAAAGUAACAAUAAAAUUAAUAAAGAAUAAUUAUUUUAA